UCCAUACAGUUCAGAAUUGAAUUGUGAAUCGUGAUAGAUUCAAAAUAAACAAUUUUAAUAGAAUUGGUGAAAAUACUUAGUAAAUCACCAUUUCAUCUUUAAACUGUCCGUGGCAAAAAAGCAAUUAUCGAAUGUAGGGCGGACUGUCAAGAAAGUUUGAACGUACUUUCUGCUGCCUGCCCAUUAUUUUCUGUCCGCAAUCGAAAAAACAUUUGAUCUCGAGCAUCCUUUGGUACAGUUGUGAAAUAAAACUAGUGCAAAAUAUCAAUAUCUUUUAAAUUGAUUAAUUUGAAAAAAAAAAAUCUACAUUAAAAAUGCAAAACAGUCGAAUAAUGUUUAUUAAAAAUUUUGUUAGAAAGUACAGUUCUAUUGUGAAUAAUCAUUUAGUGAAAAAAAACGAAAACUAUGAGAUAAAGUUUGAUAGAAAUGCUAGUACCUUAGUUGAGAAUAUUAAUGAGGAACAACUUGAAUGUGUUCGACCGUAUAAGGAAAUUCCAGGCCCUAAACCACUCCCACUUUUGGGCAACACAUGGCGAUUUAUUCCCUACGUUGGUGACUUCAACAUUCAAAGCAUCGACAAAGUAUCCCAAAGAUUGUAUGAAAAAUAUGGGGACAUUGUAAAAAUCGAGGGAUUAAUAGGAAGACCAGAUAUGGUUUUUUUGUAUGAUGCAGAUGAAAUCCAACGAAUUUUUCGUCAAGAAGAAACAAUGCCACAUCGUCCUUCAAUGCCAUCUCUUAAUUAUUAUAAACACAUUCUCCGAAAAGAUUUCUUCAAAGACAAUGGUGGUCUUAUUGCUGUACAUGGUGAAAGUUGGUAUCAAUUUCGUAGCAAAGUACAGCAGGUGAUGCUCCAACCAAGAAUUGUUAGUUUAUAUACGAGUGCAAUUGAAGAAUCAAGUCUAGCUUUCAUUAGAAGAAUUCAACAAAUCAGAGAUGAAAGUAAUGAAGUACCUGAUGAUUUUUUAAAUGAAAUAAAUAAAUGGUCUUUAGAAUCAAUUGCUAAAGUUGCACUGGACCUUCGACUUGGUUGUAUGGAUGAAAAUGCUAAUUUAGAAACUCAACAGCUCAUAGAUGCUGUACACACAUUUUUCACAAAUGUUGGAAUUUUAGAGUUAAAAUUCCCUUUUUGGAAAUUAUUCAAAACUCCGAAAUGGUGUGCGUAUGUUAAUGCUUUGGAUUACAUACUCAGUUUUACUUCUAAAUACUCAAAAAUUGCAAUGGAUCACUCAAAAAAAAUUAAGAAAGAGACGCAAGAAUUAUCACUACUUGAGAGAAUACUUAAAAUGGAUGAUAAUAAUAGUCAUUUAGCAUCAAUAUUAGCGCUCGAUUUAUUUUUAGUUGGAAUCGAUACGACCGCAACUGCUGUUGGUUCAAUUUUAUAUCAACUGGCACUUCAUCCAGAAAAGCAAUCAAUUCUACAUGAAGAGAUAGCACGUGAACUACCUGUAGAAGACAAUCAAAUUGAACGUAAACAUUUGGAUAACCUACGAUACCUCAAAGCAUGUAUUCGUGAGACUUUGAGAAUGUAUCCAGUUGUAAUUGGAAAUGGGCGGUGCAUGACCAAGGAUACUGUAAUUAAAGGCUAUCAUAUUCCUAAAGGUGUACAGGUGGUAUUUCAACACUACGUAAUUAGUAACCAAGAAAGGUAUUUUUCAAAUUGCAAUCAGUUUUUACCCGAGCGAUGGUUGAAUGAUGGAGAGCAACGUCAUGGAUUUGCAUCACUUCCUUUUGGUUUCGGUAGGAGAAUGUGUAUUGGACGUCGAUUCGCAGAUCUUGAAAUAACAAUUGUCAUAAGCAAGAUUAUUCAGAAAUUCCGAGUAGAUUACAGGUAUGGAAAAAUGGAGUAUCACAUAAACCCACUUUAUACCCCAAAGGGUCCUCUGAGGCUGAGGUUUAUUGAGCGAUGAAAUUAAUUUUGGAGUAAAAAAUUCAAGAUCAUUAUAUGUAUAUGAAUUUGUACAGAAAAAUUUAUUUCUAUUCGUAAGUACAGUUUAAUGAAUAGUAUUUACAAUUUAUUAAAUGUAAAUGUAUUUAAUUGAAUUAUCUUUUAAUUACUUUAAACUUCAGGUCUCCGUCUGGAGCAUACAUGAACGUAACUUUGUAUUUUAGUGGAUCAUAGUGGUAUUCUAAUUUAUAAUUUCUUAUCAACUGAAAUGAAAAAAAAAUCAAUUUUAUUAUU